AUGGUCGGCGCCGAUCUCGACAAAAUGCGCUUCGUCGACGGGCUAUUCAAGAAAAUUCGGAAAUCCACAAAACGGCGAAGACGUCACACAUUGGCUGAAGAACAGCCGACAUGCUCUAGCGAUCUUCUAACUUCACCAAUUUCCGAGACGAUCCCUGAAAGCGGGCAAUUCGUUGGCAGAACACCAAGAAGCGCGAGUGCUCUUGGGAAUAUUGGAGAGCUACCCUCGAUGCAGCCAUCAACGUCGAACUCAAAAAUCGUAGAAGAAGCUCAGACUCUCGACUUUGUGCUCGAGAAAAAUCCCGAAAACUCCUUUGAAGUGACCGAUUCUCCGGCGCGUAAAAAGUGUCCGGUGCGGAUUACCGUAACCGCGCAUGGGGACGCGGAACAUGUGUCGUUUGUGGAAGAGGUGUUAGUGGGAAUCUCGCGUAGCCCGAGCCCGGAACCAUCGUCCGGACACGAUAAGGAGAAUGGACUCCCCGAUAUUGUCGUGCAAGAGGAUGACGAAGAGCCGGUCCCCCAGGAUUCGCAAUUAUUCCACUCCACGCCAAAUGACGCCCCUCCUCCGGCCGCUCCGGCUAAUGAGGGGAGACUGCUGACGUCGGUGGUUAACCUGCUUCAAGGCCGCAACCUGUUGAACAAGAAGGAGGCGCCGCCGUCCACCAUCAAGGAGGGCAGCGAGUCGUCGCAGACCAUCGACGACUCUGACGCCGAAAAAGUCGUCGGGGCGGCAGGGCAGCAGCUGCUCAAGCACGAGAACACGGUCGUCCGCGCCGACGGUGUCAACACGGCCUCACCGGUAGCUGCUCAACAUCACCAGCCGGCCACCGCCCAGAAGCUCACCCAGGCGCUUCCAGCGCAAAAGCAAGAAAUCGUCCGGGUCACCCAGCAACUGCUCGACGCCAUCUCGUGCAAGGACUGGGACGCUUAUAUGAAACUAUGCGAGCCGGGGAUGACGUGUUUCGAGCCGGAGACGCUCGGUAACCUGAUAGAGGGCAUCGACUUCCACCGGUUCUACUUUGACCCAAACAACUCAGCGGGUGUCCGAAAGGGCGGUCUCCACACGACGAUGCUCAACCCGAACGUGCACGUGAUGGGGGAUGACGGGGCGUGCAUUGCCUACGUACGACUGACGCAGUAUAUCGACAGAACUGGCGAGGCCCGAACACGACAGUCCCAGGAAUCACGCGUAUGGCAGCGUAGGAAUGGCCGUUGGCUGUGCGUACAUGUCCAUCGCUCGACCGGCGGUGGCGGCUCCUCCUCCCAGCCAUCCACCUCGGCCACUGACUAU